AUGGCGUUGCACUUCUGGGGCCAGGGCUACGGCACCUACAAUCCCUACGGACAAGCUGGGAAUCCUUACGCUCAAGGGGGCUAUGACAAUGAGGCAUAUGGCAGCCAGGGAAACUACAGCGAACGUCCGGAGCCUCAGCAACAAGGCAGCAGCUACUAUGCCCAGGAUGAACAGCGGCAAGGUGGUUAUGAAAUGCGAAACAUGAACGGCGCCGACCCCAACCGAAUCCUCAAUGAAUGCCGGGCCGUUGACCAGGCCAUUGAUGAAAUCGAGGCCGACCUGCAGCGUCUCAAGGGGCUCCAAUCACGGUACCUGGCCGACACGAACACGUCUGCCCAGUCGCCGUUGCGUGUGGAGGUCGAUCGCACGGGAGAGACCAUCAUGACAAAAUACCGCGGUCUGGUCAGCCGCGUCAAGGCUAUCAAGCAACAACCGGAAUCCGGCAACCCGCGCAAUGCCCCUCAAGUGGGAAAGGUCGACCGAAGACUGAAGACCGCGAUCAAUCAAUACCAACAGGUGGAGAGGGAGUUCCGAAAAUCGUCUCAAGAACAGAUGGCCAGACAAUACCGAAUCGUCCGCCCGGAUGCGUCAGACGCAGAAGUGCGUGAAGCCGUGGAAGAUCCCAACAACCAGCAAAUCUUCUCUUCUGCAUUGAUCCAGAGCGACCGACGCGGUGAAGCGCAGACGGUGGCGCGGAACGUUUCUCAGCGCCACGAAGAUAUCCAGAAGAUUGAGCGGCAGAUGAUCGAGCUUGCUCAACUCUUCCAGGAUCUCGAGGCCUUGGUGGUACAGCAAGAGCCCGCAGUCACCCAGAUCGAGGAGCAAGGCGAGCAAGUCGCAGAACAUGUGGCGAAGGCAAAUGUUGAGCUCGAGGGCGCGGUCGUCAAGGCCCGAGCUGCCCGCCGCAAGAAGUGGAUAUGCUUGGGCAUUGUUCUUCUCAUCAUCAUCAUUAUUGUUGUGGUCGUGGCGGUGGGUGUUACUGUUACGAACCAUUCUCAUUAG